AAGGAGAGCUUUGGGUAACAUUUUUACAAUAAAAAUUUUGUUUUAAUUCUUAAAAUGUUUUAUGUUGGCUUACUGGUGGUCUUGAGUUGCUGCCUGGCCCUGGGGGAAGGCUACAGGAAAACUACAGACCCAACAGCUGCUAAGAGACCGUACCAGAUCCAAAAUGGCCUGUGCAGCUACACCUUUCUGCUGCCUGAGCAGGACAACUGCAAGACCCCGAGCAGCACCUACACCAACCUGGUCCAGAAGGACGAUCCGGCAGAGUAUGACGAGUCGGUCCAGAGGCUGGAGCAGCUGGAGAACAUCAUAGAGAACAACACACAGUGGCUCCUCAAGGUAAAGUCUUCUGCUUGACGUCACACAGCAGCUUCUCUACUGGGAGUGCAGGUGUGUGUUCAAUGCCGUCUCACACCCAUUCCCAUGGUAUUAUACUUUUUUGGGGUCCCUCUAUUUCGUAUGAUAUUUUACAUCCCUCCAAUAUGUUAUGUUAGAAAUGGUUCCAUAAAAAUGUGCUAUUUGCAUGUCCAGGUACACUGGUAGAGUGCCCGCAUUUAAAACGUAACAAGGGACUUGGUUCCGGAUAACCCGUUGGGUGCUGUGAACCGUUAAAAGAUGAAGAAGUAAGGGAAUGGUUCUGCUGCUCUGCCAUUAUGUUACGCCAACUUGAGAUGAUAAAGAUAAGAGACCGCAAGUUUUUGCAGCCUACUGUGCAGAGGUGAUGUUACGUAGUGUCAUGAUUUCUCACUCUGCACAAUAUGCUUUACAAGUUGCUUUCUAUAGGAAUGUCACACCCCCCCCCCCCAUCAGAAAAGACGAGUAUACACACCAACUUUGCAGUGAUGUGCAGGCGCGUUAUACUACAGUUGCUUUCUUUACUGCCAAGAAGGCUUUGAAAGACUCAUUCAGAUUUAAAAAAUCAUCAGAUUCUGAUUGAGAGUAGUGAACUUGACCUUGUAAGGAUGCAGGCAAGUGAAUUGUGACAGUCCUACUAUUCAAAGGGGGCAUCUUCACAUGGAUUCAGUCUUGAGCAAUAAGAAAGCGAAUGUGAGCCGAAGUAGGGAGAAAGUAGCCCAAAGGACCGUAAAACAAAGCAGUGUCACAGAAGCAGGGCUGUGGUGGCUCUGAGUGGGUGAGAAGGGCCGAAGAGUGACAAAGCCUCUACACAGGUGCCCAGAUGAAGGAUCUGCACAUCCCUUUCAGCACUACUGAGCCAUUGCUUGUGUGAAAGGAACGGGCAAAGGCUCCCUACAUUCUUUCUCCCCCCUUAGAGUUUGAUUAAUGAUGAGGUCUAUAGAGCUCUGACACGACAAGCACAACUCAUUGCCUGAUCACACAGCUCGAACCAAAAAAAACAGACCAUGGCCUGAAUCAUUCCACCAGCUCGGUCAGCUGCUGCUAAGCAUUGGGGUCCCUAGACCUUUUAUCAUUGCCGUUUUAUCAGAGCAGAGCCCAUGCUUAAGAACACUAUUUAGAAAAAUGUAGUCUUUAAAAUGCUUUGAAUUUGGCACUGUUAACAUCAUUUAGCUUUUAAGGCAAAGACAACAACUUUUAAGCUAAGGACAGUGAUUGGGCUACUGGGUUUUUUUUUCACACCGGAAGAGUUUAAAAGCCUAGAAAUGAAGCGGUUGAAGCGGUUCAAAUAGUGAAUCUCUAGUCUUUAGACUCCAUAAUGAUCCUUCAUUCAGUUCAUUAAGCGGUUACUGCCUCACAGGCCUUUAUCCUCCAAGGACAGAUUUGUUACGUGAGAUACAUAUGCGUAACUCUGCUAAAAUCUCAAAUCAAAUUGACAUGCAUGAUUUAUGCUGCAUUAAAGUCAGAUUAACGUGUGUUUGAGGUUAGGAUUCGUCCCAAAGUGACUACUCCGGAAGGAAAGGAUUAAGAACUUUGUCAUUAAUAUCUGUCAAGGAAAGAAAGUCAAUUUUUUGUUUAAUUGAAAUGCAAUACAUUGAUGUAAAACAAACAUUAAGUGAGCGGAACUAAUCUAUAGGAGAUCUGCAAAGGUUAAGAGGCUCUCUUGAUAAAAAUGAGGUCGACUCAAUACAUCCAGAAUUCUGGAGGUAUUUUAAAGGAAAAAGUAGGCUAUGUAAAAGGGUCCUUUCAUGCACAUUACUACUAGUAACAAUUAACAAACAAGCCUUAUCCAAAAUAUCAGUAUACAUUUACCUAAUACAUUGCUAAUGAAUAAAAACAUGAAAUUGCCCUUUUAACAUGAAAUAUUUCCUGACGCGUCAUAAUUUCAUACACUACAUACAGCUUGUCGGUAUAUUGGCAUUAUCUGUAAUAACAGAGGAAAGGGUCUUCCUCUGAACUUCCCCAUGUAAGACCGAGUCAAGGACAGAGGAAAUCAUUGUACAUCAACUGAUGAAAAUACAAUUUAUUGUGAGAGCCGAGGUAAUACCUCAAAUUCUUGCACUGUCCCACACAAAAAAAUUGGAAGAUAGGCUGAGGGACUUUGUUGUUGUGCCGGUAAAAUAAAUGUCAGUUUGCGUCACGCUUUUCACGUAAACGGGGAGGACAAACAAGCAUUCCUCGUGGAAUACUUAGAGGCAGGAGUGGAGUAAACAACUGAUUAGAUCAUUAGCCGUCAAUGGAAUGUCCCGCUCGCAGUUCCGAUGACACACUCUUCCAGCCUCCACGUGCCUUUGUGUCCAGGAACACAGACAAGAUGGAAGUGGAGAAAGGAAGACAAACAAAAUUAGCACUGAUUGCAGCACUUGUCAUUCAUUACCAUGGCAAAAAGCUAAAUAUACUUCCCGUUUUAAAAUUGUCCCAAAAGUUUACCUUUUUGGCAGAUGGGUAUACAGCCUAAUUGUUUAUCAAACAAAGAUCAGAACAACAAGGCCUACUAACGCCAUGAUAUCCUCUUGCCGUGGAAGACGCAGUGUCGUAGAGGAUGCAACUCAUCACUCAUCAUUUCCAUCCUGUUUACAAGACUUUCAGGCCUGAUUGCCACUCAGGAACUCAAUGCAGGAAAGAGCUUUAUGAUGGGUUUGUUUUAAAUCUGGCAGUUUAAUUUUGACAGGUUGCUACUGGAUAGGGGAACAAGACUCCUGUUUAAAGCUCAUAUUUAUUUUCCCUAAAGAAAACUAUACCGUGUGGGACAGACAAUAGAGAAAAAAGCUUAUUUAAAAAAUGUCUACAGAUAGGAUGUUACAAUUAUGAGUUUGCAUUCACGAUGACUGAACCAAACUCCUUUGGAGGCUCAGUCAGCAGUAACAUUUUACAAAAAGAGCCUUAAGAUAUUGAAAGGGCAUUCCAGUGCAGUCCCCAUUGACAGUGAUACAAUUUGAUAUGACCAAAAACGACCAUAUUAAAAGCGUUCGAUUUUCGGGAAGCUAUUAAUCCCUAGUGUAGAUCAAAUAUCAAUCAGCAGCAAUGCUGGGAAAAUAUUCUCAGUCUUCCAUUUUUGACCCCUCUGAAACAGAAGUACAUGAACUUCCUGCCCCAAUUUUUUUAGAGGCUUCAACAUCAUGUAAUCUAAACACUUGUCAAAAUGCCUGGCCUGUCACCAGAUAAUUCUGCCCACUUGUACUGCUCAAGAGACUUCUGGGUCAGACACAAGGGGGAAAGCCAUGAACUCCAUGACAAGGCUGUCCUGCUUAAAAAUAGUAAUUCUAAAGAAGAACAGCCUAUACUUUCACUGUGACAUCCAUAUGGUAAACAACAGUUUCAUACACAAUUAAUUUAACCCCAUCACAAUGAUCCAAUAACUCUGCCAGAGGACCAAGGCAGUACACUCCAAUCUUUAUGCCCUGUACGAAAUAAACUCAGCAAAAAAAGAAACGUCCCUUUUUCAGGACCGUCUUUCAAAGAUCAUUUGUAAAAAUCAAAAUAACUUCACAGAUCUUCAUUCCCAUGCUUGUUCAAUGAACCAUAAACAAUUAAUGAACACGCACCUGUGGAACGGAUGUUAAAACACUAACAGCUUACAGACGGUAGGCAAUUAAGGUCACAGUUAUGAAAACUUAGGUCACUAAAGAGGCCUUUCUACUGACUCUGAAAAACACCAUAAGAAAGAUGCCCAGGGUCCCUACUCAUCUGCGUGAACGUGCCUUAGGCAUGCUGCAAGGAGGCAUGAGGAUUGCAGAUGUGGCCAGGGCAAUAAAUUGCAAUGUCCGUACUGUAAGACGCCUAAGACAGCGCUACAGGGAGACAGGACGGACAGCUGAUCGUCCUCGCAGUGGCAGACCACGUGUAACAACACCUGCACAGGAUCGGUACAUCCAAACAUCACACCUGUGGGACAGGUACAGGAUGGCAACAACAACUGCCCGAGUUACACCAGGAACGCACAAUCCCUCCAUCAGUACUCAGACUGUCCACAAUAGGCUGAGAGAGGCUGGACUGAGGGUUUGUAGGCCUGUUGUAAGGCAGGUCUUCACCAGACAUCACCGGCAACAACGUCGCCUAUGGGCACAAACCCACCGUUGCUGGACCAGACAGGACAGGCAAAAAGUGCUCUUCACUGACGAGUCGCGGUUCUGUCUCACCAGGGGUGAUGGUCGGAUUUGCGUUUAUCGUCAAAGGAAUGAGCGCUACACCGAGGCCUGUACUCUGGAGCGGGAUCAAUUUGGAGGGGGAGGGUCUGUCAUGGUCUGGGGCGGUGUGUCACAGCAUCAUUGGACUGAGCUUGUCAUUAUUGCAGGCAAUCUCAACGCUGUGCGUUACAGGGAAGACAUCCUCCUCCCUCAUGUGGUACCAUUCCUGCAGGCUCAUCCUGACAUGACCCUCCAGCAUGACAAUCUACCAGCCAUACUGCUCAUUCUGUGCGUGAUUUCCUGCAAGACGGAUUGUCAGUGUUCUGCCAUGGCCAGCGAAGAGCCCGGAUCCCAAUCCCAUUGAGCACGUCUGGGACCUGUUGGAUCGGAGGGUGAGGGCUAGGGACAUUCCCCCCAGAAAUGUCCAGGAACUUGCAGGUGCCUUGGUGGAAGAGUGGGGUAACAUCUCACAGCAAGAACUGGCAAAUCUGGUGCAGUCCAUGAGGAGGAGAUGCACUGCAGUACUUAAUGCAGCUGGUGGCCACACCAGAUACUGACUGUUACUUUUGAUUUUGACCUCCCCUUUGUUCAGUGACACAUUAUUCAAUUUCUGUUAGUCACAUGUCUGUGGAACUUGUUCAGUUUAUGUCUCAGUUGUUGAAUCUUGUUAUGUUCAUACAAAUAUUUACACGUUAAGUUUGCUGAAAAUAAACGCAGUUGACAGUGAGGACAUUUCUUUUUUUGCUGAGUUUAUAACCACUCCUUUUCCAGCUCCCCUACCAUUGCUGGGCAAACAUGGACAAAGGCCCAAUAUCAUGGUAUAUCACUAAACCAUCUCAAUAACCUGCCUUCAUCAACUCUUCUUCAUCCUUACUGCAGCUGGAGAACUACAUACAAGAAAGCAUGAAGCAGGAGAUGUUCCAGAUCCAGCAGAAUGCAGUGCACAACCACACGGCAGCCAUGAUAGAGUUUGGAACCAAUCUGCUGAGUCAGACUGUUGAGCAAACACGGAAGCUAACCAACGUUGAGGAGCAGGUGAGGACCUUUCACUUAAUAUAGUUUUGAAAAUAUAUGCUAAAUUAAUAAAACAUUCAAAACCCAAUAGCCUACACCAAACAAUUAACAAAAAUAAUAGAAAUUAGCAAAAUAUGAAAAAAACGAAUGCUGUCCAACAGGGCCAGGAUUUGCUGUAGGUCAUUGACCUUUUGUGAACGAACUACACAGCAUUUCCUGUUAUUAACAGCAUUGUAUUCCCACAAGAAAGGGUCUAUCAAUUUGUCAGAAUCAGACAUCCGUCUGUUCAAAGUCACCAACACCAGGUCCAAUGUAGACCGACACAUACCCAACAUUCAUGUAAACAACAAAUUGGCCCAUGUUUUUGCUGAGUUCAGUUCCUCAAACUGGAAAAUCAGAGGGGGUUUUCUAGACCCAGGAGUUCAAUACGUCUGUGAGGAGACUUUCAUUACAUUUUACAGCCACUUUCACAGUAGCUCCAUUUCCAUCAUAUCUGUCCUUUAUUGGAAUUUGAUUGUUCUGUUUUUUCCUGUUACGAAACAGAUUUUUCCGACCAUCUAGGCCCAUGCACAUUGUGCUCUUUAGAACGUGAAGUGAACCACAAACCGUGUUUGCACAUGAAGUGAGAUAGGACUGUUACAAUUCGAGUUUGGACUUGAAAUUGUAAUCAAGUUAAGCGCUACUAUUACAAGAUAAGUGUCUUGAGGUCCUGUAUUGUAUUGUAUUCAGUGUACUGUAAAUGUUUUCAGUGAGAGGGAAAAAAACUAAACUGAUGGCUGGCUGUGCACAAUUUCUUUUAAACUGUAGCUGAUCCAAAAUAAUUGCAGUGAACUGUGGAAUUGUUUGUGAAACAGAUUACUCAAGAGAAAAACAGGGAGAUGUCAUAAUCCAUUACAGAUUUUUUCUAUCUAGGAAAGACCAAUGUUUCAUUUAAUCAUAACACAUCCCCAAUUGAGAGAUUACCUCAAGGGCAGGUUCUGAAAUUACGAAAGUAAAAUUACUUGUUCAUUUGGUUCUUGCCAAAUAUUACACAUAAUGACAAUACAAAAUGGUGUUUACUUAAUUUAAUCUGUAAAGGGCUUGCAGCAAUUACUAGCUCAAUCUAAUCUAAAAUACCUUAUGUGGGAAGUAAUUGUCUAUUUCAUCUUUAGGUAAUAAAUCAUACAACUCGGCUCGAACGUCAGCUUCUUGAGAACUCUCUGUCAACGAGUAAGUUGGAAAAACAGCUCAUUUUCCAAACAAAUGAAAUAAGCAAGCUGAAUGACAAAAACAGGUAAGGAUAUUUGUUUGUAUUAACAAACUGCACUUUCAUUCAGGUGCCCCAUCUCUAAAUCAUGCUUCAACUAAAACAAGGCUACAAACACUAGACAGUAGCCUAAAUGUUUAGGCUAAUGUUUCCUGUUAAACACAUUUUUGCCCAAUUGUAGGCUUAUAUGUUCUGUUACCGUAAAACAAUCUGCUUCUUGAUAAGACGGCUAGUUGCUUGGAUUGGAAAUGACAAUUGCUGGGACAACACCAACACACUAAGAAGUACUACAAGACCAGUAAUGCCCACCAGCUCUGCUGUGAGUUGCUGAGCAUGUACCUUGCCCUUGUUCCUCCCCAGCUACCUGGAGAAGAGGGUGGGGGAGAUGGAGGAGAAAAGGCAGGUGGAGCUGAAGACGCUGAAGGAGGAGAAGGAGCAGCUCUUUACACUGAUACUGAGACAGACGGCUGUCAUCGAGGAGCUGGAGCAACAGCUGCUCCGGGCCACCACCAACAAUUCGGCCCUGCAGCAGCAGCAACAGGAGCUGCUUGAGACCGUCAACAACCUCAUCUCCACAAUCUCCAUCCCCACAGGUGGAGGUGGGUGACACUAUGACAGCGUCUGGUAGACUCAGGAGGGGGCUACAUUGGCAUCUCAGUGGCAUCACUGAUUAAGGCCAGAAUACUAUGGGCAAUUCAAUUAUUGUAGCCGAAUGUCAACUGUUGAUCAAAUCACUACCUUUGAAAAGUCAGUUUACCAGUAUGUAUUUAUGUAAAAGUACAUGCACAACUUUGCUGUAUUAUCAAUUUGAUGCGCCCUCCACUUUUUGCAGGGAACAAGCCUACCAUGAUGCAGGAUACACCGACCACGUACCCAGACUGUGCUGCGGUCUACAAGUCGGGGAACACAGACAGUGGAGUCUACUCACUGACCCUUCCCAACACUACACAGGAGAUUAAGGUAGAAUUAAACUCUGAUGUUAUUGGUCCCAUUCAAGCUAUAAGCUCCCAACAUUAAAUCAAUGUACAAUCAUAUGCAGACUAGUUAAAAAAUAAUUUCUCUAACACCACAGCCAAUUAAUUGUCUUGCAAAUGUGUGUAAUAAUAACAUGUGAAUAAAAUGUUGCCUAUGUCCAACGACGGCAUAGAUUCCCUUUAAUUCAGAGUAAAUUCAAAUGUUCUCAGCCUUUGGUUUGUUUUGUGCAUGCCCGAGCUCGAGUAGGGAUCUCCUUAGAUACUUUUCAGUAGUCAGAGUUAGACUCUGGCACAUCACUUGUUUUAAGAAACCUCCCAUUCCUUUCAACUAGACAGAGAGGAGACUGCUUUUGUCAAGUUUGCUGCUGAAGUCGAAAGUCCCUCAGUGUAGUCAAAAAUCUGAAUUUACUAUCAUUGAUAGCUGGAGUAAUCCGUUUUUUUGUUUGAAGGCUUACUGUGACAUGGAGACAGAGGGGGGUGGAUGGACAGUACUACAAAAACGAUUUGAUGGCCGUGUUGACUUUCACCGUACAUGGAAAGAGUACAAAAUGGUGAGAGCUAAAGGAAAUUAUCCCAGUCCCACAGCACAAAACUUAGAUAACACUGGCAAGUGGCAACAAACAGCACAUUUUUUUGUUGUUAAAAUAUCUCAGAAUGCAACUCAACUGUGACAUUGUGAUCAUGCAAAAGGUGAUUAAUUAUGUUUUAUGUUCCUUCAAAAGGGCUUCGGAAACCCUUCAGGUGAAUACUGGUUGGGAAAUGAGUUUGUUUCGAUACUGACCAAUCAGCACCCAUACGUCUUGAGAAUACAGAUGAUGGAUUGGGAGGAAAACACAGGAUUCUCACUAUAUGACCAGUUCUCUCUAGGCAGUGAAGCAGAAAACUACAGGUAGGCCUAGGUUUCCCAGGUGUGGUGUAUAAAUGUAGGCUACUUACACUACCGGUCAAAAGUUUUAGAACACCUACUCAUUCAAGGGUUUUUCUUUCUUUUUACUAUUUUCUACAUUGUAGAAUAAUAGUGAAGACAUCACAACUAUUAAAUAACACAUAUGGAAUCAUGUAGUAACCAAAAAAGUGUUAAACAAAUCUAAAUAUAUUUUAUAUUUGAGAUUCUUCAAAUAGCCACCCUUUGCCUUCAUGACAGCUUUGCACACUCUUGACAUUCUCUCAACCAUCUUCACCUGGAAUGCUUUUCCAACAGUCUUAAAGGAGUUCCCACAUAUGCUGAGCACUUGUUGGCUGAUUUUCCUUCACUCUGCGGUCCGACUCAUCCCAAACCAUCUCAAUUUGGUUGAGGUCAGCGGAUUGUGGAGGCCAGGUCAUCUGAUGCAGCACUCCAUCACUGUCCUCCUUGGUAAAAUAGCCCUUACACAGCCUGGAGGUGUGUUGGGUCAUUGUCCUAUUGAAAAACAAAUGAUCGUCCCACUAAGCCCAAAUCAGAUGGGAUGGCGUAUCGCUGCAGAAUGCUGUGGUAGCCAUGCUGGUUAAGUGUGCCUUGAAUUCUAAAUAAAUCACAGACAGUGUCACCAGCAAAGCACCCCCACACCAUAACACCACCUCCAUGCUUUACGGUGGGAAAUACACAUGCAGAGAUCAUCCGUUCACCCACACCGCAUCUCACAAAGACACGGCGGUUGGAACCAAACAUUUCUGAGGCUGGUAUCUAAUGACCUUAUGCUCUGUAGCAGAGGUAACUCUGGGUCUUCCAUUCCUGUGGCGGUCCUCAUGAGAGCCAGUUUCAUCAUAGCGCUUGAUGGUUUUUUUGACUGCAAUUGAAGAAACUUUCAAAGUUCUUGAAAUGUUCCGUAUUGACUGACCUUCAUGUCUUAAAGUAAUGAUGGACUGUCGUUUCUCUUUGCUUAUUUGAGCUGUUCUUGACAUAAUAUGGACUUGGUCUUUUACCAAAUAGGGCUAUCGUCUGUAUAAAUGCAUUCCAGGAGACUACCUCAUGAAGCUGGUUGAGAGAAUGCCAAGAGUGUGCAAAGCUGUCAAGGCAAAGGGUGGCUAUUUGAAGAAUCUGAAAUCUGAAAUAUAUUUUGAUUUGUUUAACACUUUUUUGGUUACUACAUGAUUCCAUGUGUUAUUUCAUAGUUUUGAUGUCUUCACUAUUAUUCUACAAUGUAGAAAAUAGUAAAAAUAAAAACCCUUGAAUGAGUAGGUGUUCUAAAACUUUUGGCCAGUAGUGUAUGUGAUGUAAAAACAAUGUUGGGGGAGUCUGUGUGGAGGACCAUUGAAUAUAGGUGAUAACUUAUUACUUUGCGAUGUGGAAAGAAAUAUAUCAUAGCUGCAUGACAGAGUCAAUUACUCAAGAUGUUUUGAUAUCGUAAUGUUAAAGUAAUUAUAAUGAAAUGGUGUGCAAGUCAUGUUCUUGAAAAUCAACAAAUGACAAACAAAACAUUUACCUUGCCUGAAAAUAUACAUCAAUAUAUGGGGUGGGAGGGUCACCAGUCCAAAACAAAUGUGCUGUCAACUGGAAAAUGGUUUGGAUCUGUGAAACUAGGUAACAGAAGGCUAAAAUGAAUCGGUCUCGUAAACAUUAAAUCUGUACCCCAAGACAUCACCAGUGCCUGCUAUUUACUUGCAGAAGGAAAAGUAUAAAAACCACUGCUGUGGUCAUCGCAAUAGGACCAGCUGGAUGGCAAAAACAGUGCUAAUAGUACCUCAAAAGUAAUAAUCAAUCAAAAAAUAACUAUUGACCAUGCCAAAAGAGUUGAAAAGGAAAGUUUUGAGUGAGGAAAAGGAGGAUUCAAUUCUGGCAGAGGGAUACAGUGAGCGUCGGGUUGCUUCCAUCCUUACAAUUUCAAAGACUGCAGUUCAUAAGAACAAGGUCAAGCAGCAGACAUUGGGGACAACAAAGCUACAGACCGGCAGAGGGCGAAAACGACUCUACUGACCGGGAUGACCGCCAACUCAUUCGAAUGUCACUCAACAACCGUAGGAUGACAUCAAGUGACCUACAAAAAGAAUGGCAAACGGCAGCUGGGGUGAAGUGCAUGGCGAGGACGGUUCGAAACAGGCUCCUAGGGGCAGGGCUGAAGUCGUGCAAAGCUAGAAAAAAGCCCUUCAUCAAUGAGAAGCAAAGAAGAGCCAGGCUGAGGUUUGCAAAAUACCAUAAGGAUUGGACCGUAGAGGACUGGAGUAAGGUCAUCUUCUCUGAUGAGUCCAAUUUUCAGCUUUGCCCAACACCUGGUCAUUUAAUGGUUAGACGGAGACCUGGAGAGGCCUACAAGCCACAGUGUCUCGCACCCACUGUGAAAUUUGGUGGAGGAUCGGUGAUGAUCUGGGGGUGCUUCAGCAAGGCUGGAAUCGGGCAGAUUUGUCUUUGUGAAGGACGCAUGAAUCAAGCCACGUACAAGGUUGUCCUGCAAGAAAACUUGCUUCCUUUUGCUCUGACAUUGUUGCCCCAACUCUGAGGAUUGGUUUUUCCAGCAGGACAAUGCGCCAUGCCACACAGCCAGGUCAAUCAAGGUGUGGAUGGAGGACCACCAGAUCAAGACCCUGUCAUGGCCAGCCCAAUCUCCAGACCUGAACCCCCAUUGAAAACUUCUGGAAUGUGAUCAAGAGGAAGAUGGAUGGUCACAAGCCAUCAAACAAAGCCGAGCUGCUUGAAUUUUUGCGCCAGGAGUGGCAGAAAGUCACCCAACAUCAAUGUGAAAGACUGGUGGAGAGCAUGCCAAGACGCAUGAAAGCUGUGAUUGAAAAUCAGGGUUAUUCCACCAAAUAUUGAUUUCUGAACUCUUCCUAAGUUAAAACAUUACUAUUAUGUUGUUUAAAAAUGAACAUGAACUUAUUUUCUUUGCAUUAUUCGAGGUCUGACAAUACUAUAUUUUUUGUUAUUUUGACCAGUUGUCAUUUUCUGCAAAUAAAUGCUCUAAAUGACAAUAUUUUUAUUAGGAAUUUGGGAGAAAUGAUGUCAGUAGUUUAUAGAAUAAAACAAAAUGUUAUUUUUACCCAAACACAUACCUAUAAAUAGUAAAACCAAAUUUUUCCGCAGCUGUAUAAUAUAUAUAAUUUUGGGGAUGGUAAAACGUUUUCGGUGUAAACCAUAUAUAAUGUAGAAAAGAUAAUGGAGCCAUAUGUUUUUUAAUAACAUCAUCUUUGAUAACUAACACACACCAAAAUAAAAACUACAGUCAAAAUCAUUGCCACCACUGCUGAAAUAAAACCUAGGGCAAACACUUUUGAGGAAUAGCAAUCAUGUACUUCCUCCUCACAAUGUAUUUCUCCGUUUUCAUUUCACAGGAUACACCUUAAAGGCUACAGCGGCACAGCAGGCAAAAUUAGUAGCCUUGGUCAGCCGGGAAGUGAUUUCAGCACAAAAGAUGCAGACAACGACAAAUGUGUUUGCAAAUGCUCACAAUUGACAACAGGAGGUAAGGAACAGGUUCAUUUGCAUACCACCUUAGCGUUUUCACUAGCCUUUAUUAAGAAGAUAAAUUAUUCCCUCCAUUUUCACAUUAACUGAAGUGCACAGCCUCGAAGAAUUAGCUGAGCUAAUCACUGAUCAGCUCAUUUGGGAAUUCUGCCCCUGCAACGGCUGACAUUAAUAGUCUGGGAAAUGAGGAUUUUUCCCCUCUCUCUCUCGGAGCUCAGAAUAGAGGUCCGGCUCCAUGCCACUGAUAUUUGGGACUGCUUUGGGGCCAGACUUGGACUCCUUCAGUGUAUCGGUGUCUGCUUACUCGACAUAUGAGAGGGUCUCCUCCAAAUGAGAGGGUCCCCUCAGAAGUCUCGCACAGAGGAAUCCCUCCACCUCAGGGAAUUGUUGGGGAUAACCAGCUGCAUAUUAACUAAGAUGACAGACACCCGGGGGGGAAUGACCUGCACUAGCUUGCACUCCAUGUGAUAACAAUCCAGACCUUCCCAUUUACAGUGGCUUGUGAAAGUAUUCACCCCCUUGGCAUUUUUCCUAUUUUAUUGCCUUACAACCUGGAAUUAAAAUGGAUUUUUGGGUGAGUUUGUAUCAUUUGAUUUACACAACAUGCCUAUCACUUUGAAGAUGCAAAAUAUAUUUUAUUGUGAAGCAAACAAGAAAUAAGACAAAAAAAACGAAAACUUGAGUGCGCAUAACUAUUCACCCCCCCCCAAAGUCAAAACUUUGUAGAGUCACCUUUUGGAGCAAUUACAACAAGUUAUAUUUUUCAUUUCACUUCAUCAAUUUGGACUAUUUUGUGUAUGUCCAUUACAUGAAAUCCAAAUAAAAAUCUAUUUAAAUUACAGGUUGUAAUUCAACAAAAUAGGAAAAGAGCCAAGGGGGAUAAAUACUUUUGCAAGGCACUGUAACUCAAUGAAACUGGGGGUACGAACUAGGGGUACAAAAGUGUGCAAGUUUGAAGUAAUGUGAUAAUUCAAAGCAUCAAUGUUAAAAGGUGAAGCACAGUUACUAAUUGGGCUUGUUGUCUUAUCGACAAUGCACCCGAUGCACAUCCUGAAAACCCUCAGACUGACAAUCUCUUUUUUUUCUGCUUUCCUAGGCUGGUGGUUUGACGCCUGCGGCCCCUCCAACUUGAAUGGAAUAUUUUUCCAGCAGGGCCAGAACUCAAAUCGAUUCAAUGGAAUCAAAUGGUACUACUGGAAAGGCUCAGGCUACUCACUGAAGUCCACUACAAUUAUGAUCAGACCAGUAGACUUCUGA